GGGGUUCAGCAUCGUCGGAGGUCAGGACUCUGCCCGAGGAAGGAUGGGGAUCUUUGUCAAGACCAUCUUCCCUAACGGAGCAGCGAUCGCAGACGGACGACUGAAAGAGGGAGAUGAGAUUCUGGAGGUGAAUGGAGACUCUCUCCAGGGCCUGACCCACCAGCAGGCCAUCCAGACCUUCAAGCAACUGAAAAAGGGUGUGGUGACACUAACAGUACGGACACGUCUCCGAAGCCCCAGCCUGACGCCAUGCCCCACCCCCAUCCUUCUCAGCCGCUCCUCCUCCCCGAACUCCAACGCCAGCGGGGGCAACCCCACCCCAGUACCCACCACCUUCGACGAACCCCCCGAAACCCGCAAGGGACCCCCAGGUCCUGGCCCCAAAGACUGCAUCAUCAUGGAGGUUACACUCAACAAAGAGCCCGGGGUGGGUCUGGGUAUAGGGACCUGCUGUCUAACUCUAGAGAACAGUCCUCCAGCCAUCUACAUCCACAGUCUGGCCCCCCGGCUCUGUCGCCAAGAUGGAUGGACGACUCAGUCACUGAUCUAG